UUUAUAAAUCAUUAAUUUAUGCUUUUUCAUCCAUGAGAGCCUUUUCUCUGGAGAAGCCCAGCCGUGUAUUUCUGGAAAGCUCAGGUGCAUACGAAUAGGACACAUCAUUGGCUUUCAGUAGAUUUUUACUCAUAAACAAAUAGAUUUCUGGUGAAACCCUUGAGUCUGGCAUUCAUACCAGGAAGUGCGGGCAUUUACUUCCACAGUCUCAGAACAUCCAGAAAGGAUUAAUUUGGUUCAUAAAAGCCUUUUUCUUUGGAGAAUAGUCCAGUGGUCCAACCAUUUGCUCGAUGUUUGCGGAAAGCUGAGGAAGGCUCGUUAAUGUUACAGCAUCUAAGCUGCACAGCUGCUGAUGCGGCUGCAAAUAAAAGGUCAGUCAAAAUACCACAUGUAGCUGGUUUAAUCUGAUAAUAAGAACAAAUCAAAUCUGUUUUUGUGAGAGUGGAACGGGGAGUGGACACAUCACAUGUCUUGUUUGGAGGUUAUUAUAUUCUGUUCGUAAACAGGGAAAAUUCAGUGCAUGCUUGACUUGACGUUGAACUCGUUCCAGUCGUUCAAUACAACUUAACUAAGAUGUACACGAUUUAUUUACCUCAUAAAAACUUCAGGAAAAGACGGCAAAGCACAUUGAGGUCGGUUUAUUUUUUCACUCUGGCUGCACUUUUAAGGUCUGGCGCAUGUCGAGCUGCGCCCAAAACACAGCGAUGAUGUAGCGGACAGUGUUGGCUUGGUGCUGCGUCUGGACUGGGCCAGACCCAGGGCCUCGCAGGCUGUCCAGAGCUGGACUGGGGCUACGCUGUUCCAGAGCCGUAGUAUUAGACUCAAAUAGACCCACAACAUAACAACAUGAGCUGAGCUGUCACAGGGGAUUACUUCAGCAAGGCAAGCCAGCGGGGUCUCCACUGCUCUGCUGCUCUACCAGAGAGAGAAAGUGGAAGGGGAGGGGAGGAAGAGGAGGAAGAGGAGGAGGAAGGGGGGUGUGUGUGUGUGUGUGUGCUUGUUUCUGUGUGAGAGAAAAGGGAACAACGGGUGAGAGGAACAAGUCGAGAGAGAGCAAAAGAGAGGCAGCUUGUUGAAAACAGGAGAGAAGACAGGAAGAAGAGCAGGAAGACAGGAAGAAGAGCAGGAAGACAGGAAGCGCAGCCUGUAGCCUGAUUUGUUUGUUUGUCAUGUUGGAGCUCUCGUCCGAGCUCGGCUUUACGGGUGCGAGAGUGUGUGUUGAAGCCGUGUGCUGCCCCCCUCCUGCUGCCGCCAGGACCGACGAGCUGCUGCUGAGUAACGGCACGGCCGGGAAGAUGAACGGGGCGCUGGAGCAUUCGGACCAGCCAGACCCGGAUGCCAUCAAGAUGUUCGUGGGCCAGAUCCCGCGCUCCUGGUCGGAGAAGGAGCUGAAGGAGCUGUUCGAGCCGUACGGCGCCGUCUACCAGAUCAACAUUCUCCGAGACCGCAGCCAGAACCCUCCACAGAGCAAAGGCUGCUGUUUUGUCACGUUUUACACACGGAAAGCUGCCCUUGAAGCCCAGAAUGCACUGCAUAACAUAAAGACCUUAACAGGGAUGCACCACCCUAUUCAGAUGAAACCUGCAGACAGUGAGAAAUCUAACGCGGUGGAAGACAGGAAGUUGUUCAUCGGCAUGGUGUCGAAGAAGUGCAACGAGAACGACAUCCGGGUCAUGUUCUCUGCGUUCGGACAGAUCGAGGAGUGCCGGAUCCUCAGAGGGCCCGACGGACUGAGCAGAGGAUGUGCGUUUGUCACGUUUUCCACCAGAGCUAUGGCACAGAAUGCAAUCAAAGCCAUGCACCAGUCUCAGACUAUGGAGGGCUGCUCGUCUCCCAUCGUGGUGAAGUUCGCCGACACACAGAAGGACAAGGAGCAGCGGCGUCUGCAGCAGCAGCUGGCGCAGCAGAUGCAGCAGCUCAACAGUGCGACCACCUGGGGGAGCCUGACGGGCCUGGGCGGCCUCACCCCGCAGUAUCUGGCUGUAAGGAGAGCCGCCGCGUCGCCCACCUCCACCAUCACCACCUCCACCCCUUACUGCAGCCCCGUGGCCAACGCCGCCGCAUUGCUUCAGCAGGCAACCUCCUCCGGUAACCUCGGAGCCUUCAGCGGGAUCCAGCAGAUGGCCGGUAUGAGUGCUCUGCAGUUGCAGAACCUGGCCACUUUAGCAGCGGCGGCGGCGGCGGCCCAAAACUCAGCCAGUCCCUCCACCGCAAACCCCCUGUCCUCCAACGCCGCCUCCCUGGGAGCGUUGGCCAGCCCAGCAGCAGGCACCACAGCCAGCUCCAAUGCCGGUGCCAUGAACUCUCUGACCUCUCUGGGCACCCUGCAGGGCCUGGCAGGUGCAACUGUGGGCCUGAACAACAUAAAUGCACUAGCAGGUAGCAUCAACAGUAUGGCGGCUCUAAACGGAGGCCUGGGCGGUGCAGGGCUAACCAACGGGACGGCGGGCACCAUGGACGCGCUGACGCAGGCUUACUCAGGGAUCCAGCAGUACGCCGCCGCAGCGCUGCCCACCCUCUACAGCCAGUCCCUGCUGCAGCAGCAAGGGGCUGCCGGCAGCCAGAAAGAGGGUCCCGAAGGUGCCAACCUGUUCAUCUACCACCUGCCCCAGGAGUUUGGAGACCAGGACAUACUCCAGAUGUUCAUGCCUUUCGGAAACGUGGUCUCUGCCAAAGUCUUCAUCGACAAACAGACAAACCUUAGCAAGUGCUUCGGCUUCGUCAGCUACGACAAUCCAGUGUCGGCACAGGCAGCCAUCCAGGCCAUGAACGGCUUCCAGAUCGGCAUGAAGCGGCUGAAGGUGCAGCUGAAGCGCUCCAAGAACGACAGCAAACCGUACUGAUCUUAGCACUAGGGUCUAUCUGCUCCCCAUGUUAGCACUGCUAGGAACAACCCAUCUCCAUGCCUGUUAGCUCAUCGUUUGCCUAGCAUGUCUCCGUGGCGUCCCAAACAAAACAAAACAAAAACACUUGACACAAAACAAAAACAAAAAAAUCCCCACCAAACAAAAAAAAAGUGUCAUCGUCCUCCUCUUCCUCCUCCUCCUCCUCCUCCUCCCCCGUCAUUGUUUUUCUGAUGUCUUUUCCAAGCUCACCUGAUCAUAACCUGGUUCUCCUCCUCCUCCUCCGCCGCCACCUACUGACCUUUUGAACUUUGAACAUUUUUGGACUUUGAUUUUUAUAUUUUUUCUUUCUUUGUUGUGUGUGUUUUUUGUUUGUUUGGGUUUUUUUGUUUUGUUUUGUUUUUUUUUUGCAUGUGACCUCAUUUGGAUCUGUUUUCCGGGAGGGUUUCAGGGAGGGAGUGAGGCGAUGAGGGAGGGGUGGGUGAGAAGAUGAAUCAAUGUGAAAAAGAUAUAAAGCUGCAUUCAUAUUGAAAAACAAACAAAAAAGGACUGAGAUUUUUAUGGAAAAACAAAUGUUCUUUUUAAAGAAAAAAAAACAAAAUGAGGCAAAGUGAUUUCCAUUCACUAUCUUUUCUUGCAUUUUGUUUCCUCCUCUUCUUCUUCUUUAUGUCAGGUUAUUAUUUUUUUUCUUCUUCUUCUUCUUCUUCUUCUUCUUCAUUUAAAGUAAACUUGAAAGUUCACCACAGGAACUGGCGCGUCGUCUCGCUUCUGGCGCCGACGAAAAACGAGAGCGCGGGCCAGAAGCAGUCGGCGCCACUUCCUCUGAGAAAUAAGACUACUUCCAAACAGUUUUGAGUAAAAACUGUCUGAUCAAUAUUAGACUCUCUCAGAGCUCUCCAAUGGUUUUUACAUUUUUCAGGCAGUGUAAAGUUUUUUGAUAAGGCCAUUUUAAGUGGCUCUGUUUCUCAUUCAAAGUCUAUAUAUAGAACCACUUUUUUCUAGAGUAGUUUAAAGGUAAAAAUAAAAAAGACAUUUGCCCUGUUUGGGUGGGAGAAAUGCUACCUACUUGUGUCACCUUUUGCUGAACUGACUCACAGAUAGACAAUCCGUGGUUUAAAUGCACAUGAUGAAAUGACCUAUAUUUUCUACUGUUUAAAUGUAUAGAGGAAAAAAAAAAAAGACGUACUAAGAUACCUGUAACCUGCGUUAACGUCGGUGCUUCUCGUGAGUUUAGUUGUGGUUUCAUCACAAGUCUAACGGUCUUAAAUGUUCUCAUGUUUUUCAAGAGAAGACUAAAAAAUCAGUUUACUUGAACAAUAGACAAAGCCUUUCAUAUUACUAUAAUAGUUACUUUGUUGGGUUUUUCUUUAUUUUUUUUUUCUUCUUCUUUUUUUAAGGAGUCCCUAUUUGCUAAAUUUCUUGUUGGUUAAUUAGCUAUAUAAAAUUCCUAAAAAUAUAUAUAAAUAUAAAUAUAUCUAUAUAUAUAUAUAUAUAUAAAAUGUCAGCUUGUGAAGCAUCAAUGUCAUUAUUAUUUUAUUUCUCUCGUGGGAAACAAUAUUUAGAUGUGUUUUGUUGUUCAGCAAAAUGUCUUAUAAAGAAAAAAAGACAAGAUCAGUGGAGUUUAGUGCCAAAUUCUGAAGGUACUUCCUGCCUAGCGCGUCAGUGUAUUUCUUGUGAAAUUAUUUGAUAACAUGGGUAUUUUAUUAUAAGUGUUUUGUAUGGAUCCCUCAUAUUUAAAAUAUAGAUUUAAAAAAGAGUUUGUUAACUUGCUAUUCUGUGGUCUUGUUGCCUGAAAUGUCAUGUUUGCUUUUUUUCUUUGUAAAGAUGUAAAAAAAAGUGCCCAUGUGUCAUAUAUAUAUCUAUAUUCACGCACACACACGCAUGCACACACACACACACACACACCCACACACGCAUGCACGCACACACACACACGUUCUCGUGCAGACCUCACAGUUUAAUUUCUUGUUGUGCAUGAGAGCCCCUGAGAGUGAGAGCCUCUACAGCGACCGCUACCGCCCGCCAGCGUGCACGCACACACACACACACACACACACACACACACACACACGAGUCACGCACUGAUAUUUUUAGCCAUUGUACAGCCGUUCUCUUCAUCAAAGCCUUACCACAAAUCUUUGCACUCCUGUUCUCUCUCUGUUAGUGCGCACACACCGACACAAACACCAGGCUUCAGUGUGUGUUGUUCUGAUUGUUUUCUUCGCUCCUCAGCCGACGGAGGGGGGGAGAAAAAAAUUGAGGUGAGAGUCAUACGCGAAGCCUUAUUUUCUCCAGAUCCUCUCAUCCUUUUUUUUCCCGUUGGGUUCAAAACGCUGUAGCCGGCGCCGCUUGUCUGAGACGGCGAGGAUCAUUACUUUUGUGUAUCACCUCAGACGAGUGCGCUCGCUUUCAUGAUGUAAGCACAGGGCAAGACUCGCUCAUCCACAAACGAGCCUCCAUCUUUUGAGGAAAAAAUAAAUAAAUAAAUAAAUAAAUAAAGCACACGUCGGAUAGCCGAAGAAGAGACGGAGGCGGGACGGUCCGGAGCAAGUUUUUAACUCGUUUAAUCUCGCCGCUGAACUUCUCCUCUUCUUCAUUUAAGUGGUAGUGAAGACUUCUCCAUGUGUGAGUCCUGUGGUGUUAUGGGCCAAAAUCACGUUCAGAUGCCAAAGUGUGUUACUGUUCUCAUAGUCGAGCCGUUUACAUGGCACAGUGUUGUCAGUCUGUUGAACUGCCCCCCCACCCCCCUCCCUGAAAGCCUAGUUUACGCUCUGCAAAAAAAAAAGAAGAAGAAGAAGAAGAAGGAAAAAAAAGGCAGCAUUAUUUUCUACAGAAGCUCACCAGUCGCCUUAACCAGGGAGCGUCGUACCAGUAUUACACGAGUAGAAGAUGUUGUCAGUCAGUCAGUGAUGUGUUCCAAGUCCAGGUUCACCUUUGUGUGCAGUCGACCUCGCACUCGUCUGGGUUUCGCUCUUCCGCCAUUUCGUCCAGUGCAGAGAGGCUGAAAUGGCCGUUUGUCCUCUCAGCGGUGAAGGAGAGAGGGGGAGAACAGAAAGAAAGAAAGAAAAACGAGGCUCUCGUUUGAAGGAUGCCGCUCUCCGUCUUAGUUGUUGUCUCCCAGGCUAACCGGGGUUAUUAGAAACAGGACUAUGUGGAGAGACGUCUUAUUGGAAUAGCGACAGGGGAAAUAAAGCGCUUGUUGGUUGGAGAGGAAAGGGUCACGUCUGCUGGUCCACACAGGCAAAACAACAGCCAGAGCCGAGAUGAAGGCAAUACGGCUUUCAUUAUCCGCUCUCAAAGACCAAACCCAAUACCAAACUUUAUCUGAGCUCAUGGAGGGAGGCCAGCAGACUUUAUUUCCUAAAUGCAGUAUGAUCAGUGCCACAAACAGCCAUAACUACCUGUAUGAAAGCUGGACGCGAGGAGUCCCAGUCCAAUCAGUGUUAAUGGACCAGUUUCCUGACCAGCGCGUGUGCAGGUUCUCUCGUCGUUUUCUAUCUGCUGUUCACGCGCUACUUUACACGUCCGUCUGCGUGAUGCGAGACUUGUCCUCAACUGUCCCGAGCGCCAUGUCGUAAAAUUGCCAAAUCUCGCCGAGUUGCACAGUCUCGUCUUUGUUUCAAUGUCGAAGCACAAGAGGGUCGUAGAAGCAGAGUUUCUGUGGAGCGGCUCACCUCAGGGGCUGUCAUCACUCGAUGCUCGUUGUAAUCUUUCUAUCCUGUCACUGUUCACUUCUCUGUUCUCCUUCUUUCUUAAUUAUCUUAAGUGCUAUUUAUCAAACAAUGAAAUCUGAAAGGAAAAAAAAUGAACUUGUCGUUUCUUUGCAUUAUGGCUUAUGUCAAGUUUUUUGAGGAAAAAUGUUUUGUGUGUUCUCUCUCUUUCCGUGCCGUAAAAAAAAGAGCUUGUUGUCUGUAGAAAUUAUCCAAUUUUUUUUUUAAUUUUUAAUUUUUUCUUAUUUUAUUUUGUUCUCUUGCUUUUCUGGGGUUUGUUUUCUUUGAACUCUCCAAAAGGUUUUCAGUAGUUUCAAAGUUAUUGUCUUUGAGAGAAGCCAAAGUCAAUGCAUUUCAGUGGGUCCUGUAAGCGUGAUGUAUGUUUGUUUGACAACACUUCGAAAUCUGUCACUGGAUGGGAUUUAAAAAGUACAAAAAAUGCAGGCUUUCCUAUUUCUACAACUGAUUGUACUUAUGCAUUUUGUACCAGUGGAAUUUUUUAUACUGGAGAUUAAAGGAUACAACAAAAAAAAAAAAAAAUCUUAGAAAAAAAAGCUGUCUGGCCUGGUGGUGUGGCCUGACCCUGACUGGUCCCCGAGUAUGAUUUCUAGCUGGCAUCGAGAAAGUUGGCUUUUGAUAUAAGAUUUUCUAGGAGAUCUUUGGCUUUAUUUCUUUCACUUCUUUUUCCUCACUUGAGUGUUGUUCUUUCUUUCCGCCUUUCUUUCGUUCUUUCUUUGUUCUUUUUUUCCGAAAACAGAGGGUAGGUGAGUGUCAGAUCUUUCUUUGUUUUUUUGGGUUUUUCUUGUUCUGUUUUGUUCUUUAUUUUGCCUUUUAAAUAGUUCUAGCAAGUUAGUCUCUAUACAACAGCGGUAAGUUUCAUUUGACUUCUGUAUUGUGCCGUCUACACGAUAAGACAAUUAUAGAAAAAGAAGGAAUAGAAAUAUUUAGUCACCUUCAGUGGAUUAAUGUAUUAGUUUAAUAAAGAGAUCAACUAAUUAGAAAUUUUUUGCUUUUAGCUGUUUAGAUUUUUCCGGUUUCUCUGUCCUUCUCUGUGAACUAACUGUGUAGCUGAAGCAGUCAGAAUUAUUUUUGUAAACGUAUGUUCUUGUGUGAUGCAGUUUUUUGCUUCUGUCUCCUAUAUUAAACCAUUUUUCCUAAUA